GCCUCGUAUUUCCGGCGCUCCGCGGGCGGCCAUGUUGCAGGGGCUGGAACGGCGCAGCGGCUUUUGCUGGGUCCCGCGGCGGCCGACUUGUCAUGCUGGAGUGUCCAUGAUUCUCAGGUGCGCAACAGGUGUUUCCACAUCCUUGAAACUUAAACCUUCGUUCCAGGUGACCUGCAUUGGCUUCCACGUGGUUUGGACCCCUAAGAAGUUCCCGCUAGCCUAAUGCCAUGAAUGUUGAGGUGGACAAUGCGGAAGAAAAAGCAGUCCAUUCGUGGUCAAGGAUCUCCUCCGCAGGACAGAAGGCCUUGGAAGAAGCUCUGCGAGUCUUCAACCCCAUGUCCAGGGACCUGUCUGACACGGAGACCCAGCUGGUAGCUUUUCUCCAAGGCCUCAGGGAGGAAGGCUACCAGCCCACCAUCCUCAGAAGCAAAGACGUUUAUGGGUACAUGUCAUGCACUGCCCGUAUGCCCAGUCAGGCAAAAGACAGCAUUCCCGACACUUCAAAAGCAGCUGCCCCUAUUUCGGAAUCCGCAAAGGCUCCGGCCCGAAGCACCGUGGUCGUAGCAAAGGUACCUGGCCCCUUAGCAGGCGUUACUGUAAGUUCUCCCAAAGACUCUGAAAAGCCAUUGCCGAAGAGCAGUAAAUCCACCAACCUCCUGUUGAACUCUUUGAAACGGACACGCUCAGGCACAUCAAAUGCAUCUGCUGUGGGCUUCCCUGCUCACAUGUACCCUGGCGUCUACCCAGCCAUGAGACUGUCUGUUGUGCUGGAAGCCUUGGUCCCUCUGAAAGCCACAGCCUCCUGCCUGGAGUCCAAAUGUGAACAAGGGCGCCUUGGGAUUUCACCCUCGGACCUUAAGCUCCUCAAGGCAGCUGGGGCGUCCAGGCAGCCUCCGGCCAUCAAAGCUACGAAAAUGCCACCCGGUCAGUUGGACCCCAAAGGGUAUAGGCACGCUGCGAAAAAAGGACCGGACUCUGGCGCUCUGUCGGUGAGCCUCGUGAAAGGACCCAAGAGUGGCAUUCUGCAGGAGAGCAACGCUUGCAAAGCCUCCGGGGUUCUGAACGGCCGGCUUUCUGGAAGCACCUCCCAGAGCUCCAGUACUGGGACGUCCAGGACGAAGGAGCCGCCCGCGGCCAAAACGGAACGGAGAGGUGGCGGCAGCCGCCAGGAGACGGCCGAGCAGAAGAGGAAAAGAGCGGAGGAGGGGAAGGAGUUGCCGCACAGGAAGAAAACGACCCCCGGCAAACCAGAUCUGGCGUCCGCGACAUUGAACCUGCUGAAGUUCCGGGCGAUCAAGGUGAACAGCUCUUCCGAUGACGAGUUGCGGAGGAGAGCACAGAAGAUCCUCCGGGUGAAUCUGUCCCCUGUCAUCAGAAUCCAGCCGUUGCCUCACUCCCGCAGCGUCCCUUGAGGGGCUCGGAGAAGUUGGAGCCGCAGGGCCACGAAUGCAGGCGCCAUCAUGCAGACUGCAGGCCUCUUGCGGGGGGAGUUGAUGAGGAUAUCCACGUUUGCAGUCCUCAGGCCUGUCACUAGCAGCUGGGGGGAGUUCUGCAGAGUUGGGCAACUGUUGGAUUAUAUAUUAUAAAAAAAAACUUUUUGAGAGGCCUCCGAGGCUUCGUCCUGAUAGAUAUAAGGCGCAGAGCAUUAGCCUUCCUCUAGAACACUUUUCUACCAUGCUUUUUCAACAUGGCAGAGCACACAUCUGGGAUGUGGCGGCACUGGGGAUGAUUGGUGUACUGUGAUAUUUUACUUUUCUUUUUUUUAAAAAGCAAGCAAACCUGUAAACCUACUUGGUUUUGAUUUGAUCAUAUUUUAUAUACUUAUUAUUAAAUAUAAAUAUCUACGGACUCACAUA